AUGCUAACCGAAACAAUAAUUGAAUCCACUAUUGAUAAAAUGCUUGUUCCAGCACAAUUAAUACCAUCUUUAUCGAACAAAACUGAAGAACAACAAAAAAAAGAUGAUUUACGUUAUCCUCGAAUGACAAAAGAAUUUAUUAAAAAACAUUGCAAAGAACAUAAAUUAUAUCAAACACCAUACUUAAAUGAUGUUCUUUAUUUACAUUUUAAAGGCUUUGGUCGUAUUGAAAAUUUAGAAGAAUAUGUUGGGUUAAAAUGUAUUUGGCUUGAAUCAAAUGGUAUACAACGUAUUGAAAAUCUUGAUCAACAAUUAGAAUUACGUUGUCUUUAUUUACAUCAAAAUUUAAUAAGUAAAAUUGAAAAUUUAGAUCAUUUACAAUAUUUAGAUACAAUUAAUUUAUCAAAUAAUUAUAUAACUAAAAUUGAAAAUUUAUCGGCUUUACCAAAAUUAAAUUCACUUUAUUUAUCACAUAAUAAACUUGAAACAGUUGAAGAUAUUGAACAUUUAAAAGAAUGUAAAAGUUUAAGUGUUGUGGAUUUAUCACAUAAUUUAAUUGAAGAUCCUGAUACUGUCGAAGUUUUUAGUCAAAUGGAAAGUAUACGUGUAAUCAAUCUUAUGGGUAAUCCAUUAUUAAAAAAUGUUAAAGAUUAUCGACGAACAAUGACACUUGGAUGUGUUAAUUUAACUUAUCUUGAUGAUCGACCAGUAUUUCCAAGAGAUCGAGCAUGUGCAAAUGCAUGGGCUCGUGGUGGACGAGAAGCUGAACGUGAAGAACGUCAAUUAUGGGAAACACCAGAACGAAAACGUAGUACAAAACCUAUCGUUAAUGAUUUAUUGCUUAUGCGUCGUAAUUAUUUGGGUGAUCUUGGUGAAAAUCAAAAUGAUAUAGAACAAACUGAAAAUGAAUUAACUGGAGAAAAAGAAACUGAUAAUGAAGAAAAUGAAUUAACUGGAGAAAAAGAAACUGAUAAUGAAGAAAAUGAAAAUAAGGAACAAGAACAAAUAAAUAAUGAAGAUGAACCACCACCACUUGAAGAUAUUGAUGAAUCCGAUGUAGAAAAAGAAAAUGAAAUAAUUGAAACAGUUACAGACACUGUACCAAUUGAAGAACCAAAACAAGAUGAUAUUGAUAUUCCAUUUAUUCGACCACCAUUACAGAACAUUGUGAGUCGUUCAUCAUUUGAUACUAUAUUCGGAGGAUCACAAAAAGUAAAUAGUGAUACAGCUGAAAAAUCAGUAAGAUUGAAAAUUGUUGAUAUGGAUGAUAUUGAUGAAGAUCCGACACAAAUGGAUAAUGUCAAAGAAGCAUCAAUCGAAUCUAAAAAACAACCAACAACAACACGAAAAUUGAUUGAAGAAUUAUAA